CACACACGAUUUACAAAAACCGCAAUAGAGAGAGAUGGAGAGAAAUAUGGGAGGGUGGGCUAUAGCGGUGCAUGGCGGCGCGGGUGUGGACCCUAAUCUCCCACAACAGCGUCAAGAGGAGGCCAAACAACUCCUCACUCGCUGCCUAAAUCUCGGUAUCGACGCUCUUCGAUCCAACCUCUCUGCCGUCGAUGUUGUCGAACUAGUUGUUAGAGAACUCGAAACAGAUCCUGUCUUUAAUUCUGGACGUGGAUCUGCCCUGACGGCGAAAGGUACUGUGGAGAUGGAAUCGAGCAUCAUGGAUGGGCUUGGGAGGAGAUGCGGUGCCGUUUCGGGCUUGACUACAGUCAAGAACCCCGUCUCUCUUGCCCGACUAGUCAUGGAGAGAUCUCCCCACUCCUACCUAGCCUUCGCCGGCGCCGAAGAUUUCGCCAGGCAACAGGGUGUGGAGGUCGUGGACAAUGAAUAUUUCAUAACGGAGGAGAACGUGGGAAUGCUUAAACUGGCAAAGGAAGCAAACACCAUCAUGUUUGAUUACAGGAUCCCGGAGGCAGGGGGGUUGGAGACAUGCAGCGCCGUGGUGGAGAGUCCCAUCCUGAUGAACGGGCUACCAAUCAGCGUGUAUGCGCCGGAGACGGUUGGGUGCGUGGUGGUGGACAGCCAGGGCCGUUGCGCAGCGGCAACAUCAACCGGGGGGCUCAUGAACAAGAUGAGCGGUCGCAUCGGAGAUUCGCCCCUGAUCGGCGCUGGCACCUACGCAUGCAAUCUUUGCGGGGUGUCGUGCACCGGAGAGGGCGAGGCGAUCAUACGCGGGACCCUGGCGAGAGAGGUGGCGGCGGUGAUGGAGUACAAGGAGCUGGGCCUUCAGGAGGCCGUGAACUUUGUCAUCAGGGAACGGCUCGAUGAAGGGAAGGCAGGGCUCAUAGCUGUGUCGAAUAAAGGAGAAGUGGCUUGGGGUUUUAACACCACUGGGAUGUUUAGGGGCUGUGCUACUGAGGAUGGUUUCAUGGAGGUCGGUAUUUGGGACUAAGAACGAUCUUGUGGUUAUGGUGUUAGGGAUGCCAUAGCUUGCUAGCUGCUAUAUAUGGUGGUGUUUGCUGUUGAACUCUGCGCUUUGGUUGCGUUUCUUGUGCUCACAAUAUAUGAUUGUUGUAGCUACUUUCAUGUAAUAGAAACGCCAAAAGUAUAUGUAAUGUUGGAAAUAAAUUGCCAAGGCUUUAA